AUGCCGCCAAGGUCGAAAGCAUUGGCUGCAAUCGUCAAGACUAUGUCAUCAACAGCAUUAUGGAGAAGCAGCCGCAGAUCCAUCUCUACGAGCCAGCCAAUACCGUCAACUACUGCACCAGUUCCGAGCCCUUCCGCCGCCUCCACAGCUGCUCUUUCAUCACCAGCAAAAGCAAAACGGUCUCACGUCAAGGCCGAACAUGUCACCGAACAAGUCGGUGCCGCCGUAACCAUGUCCACACCACGUGGAAAAGCAAAGCGAGUAAAUGUCAAGACUGACGAUACCGCAUCGCCUGUCAAGAAGGAAGAAGAGGAUGCCUUAUCCGAAGCGAAUCCUGCCGCUACAAAGAAGAGACGGACAAAGAAGGAGAUAGAAGAAGAGGACGAGAUCUUUCCGCCGAGGCCAUCACCUCACCAAUCGCUCGCCGACGGACACCGCGACCACAAAGACAGACGAGGGAGCGGAAUAUUUAUCGGAGCACACACCAGCUCGGCAGGUGGAGUCGAGAAUGCAGCACUCAACGCGCUCCGCAUUGGAGGCAAUGCAUUCUCCUGCUUCGUACGACCCAAGAUGCAAUGGGCAUCCAACCCCAUCCCCGACAAAUCUGUACAGUCCUUCAAACAACGCGUGAUCGAGCACAACUACAUGCCCAUCCUAACCACCAUCAACUGCAGCCCCUCCCAAACCGAAUACGGCUACGUCCUACCUCACGGCUGCUUCCUUGUCAACCUUGCCAAUCCAGACGAAUCCAAACGCGAAAAGUCCUUCGAAGCAUUCUUAGACGAUCUCGAACGCUGCGAACAGCUCGGUAUCCGUCUAUUCAACUUCCACCCUGGCUCAAUGACCGCCGCCUCCGCCACUGGCGACGAGCCUCCGCCCAGCCUUAGUCCAGCAAAAGAGACUCGCGCAGCAAAAGCAGAAGCCUGCGCCCUAGUCGCAUCUUACAUCAACCGUGCCCAUUCUCUCACAUCCUCAGUCAUCAUUCUUAUCGAAAACAUGGCCGGAUCUAAAAACGACACCAUCCUUGGCUCUUCCCUCCACGAUCUCGCCUCAAUGAUCUCCCACGUGAAAGACAAGAGUAGAGUGGGAGUAUGCAUUGAUACAUGCCAUGCUUUCGCUGCCGGGUACGAUCUGCGAACGCCGGAAACGUAUCGUUCUUUCGCAGAUUUAAUCGAUACAACGAUCGGAUGGGAGGCAGUCAAAGCGUUCCAUUUGAACGAUAGCAAGUUCGGCGUGGGAUGUAAGAAAGACAGACACGAGAACAUCGGCAGAGGUCAUGUUGGGUUAGGUGGAUUUUGGUGCAUCGUGAAUGACGAGAGGUGGAAUGGAAUACCGUUGAUAUUGGAGACUCCAACAUUAGGGAAUGCUAUGGGUGUAUUUUCGGCAAAAGAAGGGAUGAAAAAGAUGCAUCAAGUUUGGAGUUAUCAAAUCCAAGCACUCUAUGCUCUGCGCGGUACUGAAUGGGGGCAGUGGAAGGAAGCUGAAGAAUGGCUUGCGAAAGCUGAUGUUAUUGUGGCCGAAGCGGAGAGACUACACGCUGCUAAGAAGGGAUCUAAGCCCACAGGCCCAGGCAAGAAAAAGAAGAAGCAAGCAAACGAGGAUGAGGAAGAGAGCGAUUUAAGUUCAGACGAAUAA